UACCUCAACGACCGGAUUUCUAUAAGCCUCUCUUACCUCAUCUGCUUCUGCCUGCAUUAAAACUUGCUUUGAUCUAUCCAUUUAUGCUACUGCCAUUAGCCAGCACCAACCGACUGAGGGCUGGGACUUGAUUUUGGUGGAGGCAUUUGUCCAUCAUAACAAUCUGCUGAUGACUUGUUUUUCUUUUUUUUGCAAAAGGAAGGGAGUUUCCAGAGCUACACAAACCACAGAAGUUGAUGGUGAGGUUUCAUGGGCACAGAACACUUGCUCUUACACUUACAGGGAAUUGCGAAUGGCCACUGACAAUUUUAAUCCAGCCAAUAAAGUUGGACAUGGAGGUUUUGGCUCUGUUUACAAGGGAAUGCUCAAAGAUGGCACCAUGGCUGCCGUAAAGGUACUGUCAGCUGAAUCAAGGCAAGGUUUAAAGGAGUUCUUGACAGAAAUAAAAGUGAUUGCAGAUAUAGAGCACAACAACCUGGUUAAAUUGUACGGUUAUUGUGCUGAGGGAAACCAUAGGAUUUUGGUCUAUGGCUAUCUUAAGAAUAACAGCCUUGCACAAACACUUCUUGGUGGAGGCUGUAGCAAUAUCCAAUUCAAUUGGCCUACAAGGCGCAAAAUAUGCAUUGGAGUUGCACGAGGGCUUGCAUUCCUUCACGAGGAAGUCCAGCCACAUAUUGUUCAUAGGGAUAUUAAAGCAAGUAAUGUUCUCCUUGAUGAUGAACUUGAACCCAAGAUUUCAGACUUUGGUCUUGCAAAACUUUUCCCAGCCAACCUGACUCAUAUUAGCACAAACGUUGCUGGAACUGUAGGAUAUCUGGCGCCAGAAUAUGCAAUUCGAGGUCAGUUGACAAGGAAAGCUGAUAUUUACAGUUUUGGUGUUCUAUUGUUGGAAAUUGUUAGUGGGAGGUCCAACCAAAAUAGGCAAUUUCCUCUAGAAGAGCAACAUCUGGUUGAAAGGGUAUGGGAUUUUUAUCAGAAGCAGGAGCUGGUUAAUUUGGUGGACACAUUGUUGGCUGGGGAUUAUGAUGUCGAAGAGGCUUGCAAUUACCUGAAGAUAGGUCUUCUUUGCAUCCAAGACGUGCCAAAGCAGCGUCCAUCCAUGUCUACUGUUGUCAUGAUGUUAAUGGGUGAGAUAGAAGUGAAUGACAAGAUAUCAAGGCCUGGCUUCCUGUCUGAAUUCACGAAUUUUAAAGGUGACAAAAUGCCGAAACACAAAGGUGGAAAAGAUCAGAAUAACAAGUGGGAAAUGAAGAAUUCAUCUUCGACUUUAGGCAAGGUCGAAAAUUCAUCUUCAUCAUCAGGAGUGGACACUUCAUACGCUACCAUGACCUUCAGUUCUAUAUAUGACCGGGGCAAUUAACAGCAUUCUCCAAGUCUUAUUGUUGGGAGCUAGUAUGAGAGCCAGGUUUGCUUUUAAAAGAGAUUUUUUUGGUAGCGUUAGCUUUUCUAGGAGUGAGAAUCUCCUCGUCAAUUCUUUUGUAAAAAAAGAUGAUUUUCUUUCUUCCCUUUUUUUCCCCUUAAUAAAGAAGAGAAAUAUGAAGUGAUCUGAAAAGAUUUACUAACAUUAUCAGUGUCAUACCACCAUUUUUGUU